GAAUCUGAUGCUAGGCAUUUCAAAUGACAACUUCAAUUCCUAAUAGCUUCCUAGCUCUAACGCAGCCUCCCAAUCUUUCAAUUAACCGGCUGCCGCUCUCUUCCACUCGAAUAUUCACCGGCGGCAACCGUAGCUUCCUCUCUGGCGGCGCUGGAAUAUGCAGAGCAAAGGGUCGAGAGAUUGUCAUCGGCAACCCCGUCGUGACCGUCGAAAAAGGCAAGUACAGCUACGACGUCGAGACUCUAAUCAACAAGCUAAGCAGCCUCCCGCCGCGCGGCAGCAUUGCCAGAUGCCUCGACGUCUUCCGCAACAAACUCUCGCUGAAAGACUUCUCUUUGGUGUUCAAAGAGUUCGCCCACCGCGGCGAUUGGCAACGCUCCCUCCGCCUCUUCAAAUACAUGCAGCGCCAGAUCUGGUGCAACCCCAACGAACACAUCUACACCAUCAUGAUCAGUCUCUUGGGACGCGAAGGCUUGCUAGAUAAAUGCCUCGAGGUGUUCGACGAAAUGCCUAGCCAAGGCGUGCCUCGCAGUGUCUUCUCCUACACCGCGUUGAUCAAUGCCUACGGACGGAACGGUGAGUACGAUGUUUCUCUUGAGUUACUAGCCAAAAUGAAGAAAGACAAAGUGUUGCCCAAUAUCUUGACUUAUAACACUGUGAUUAAUGCGUGCGCUAGGGGUGGGUUGGAUUGGGAGGGUUUGUUAGGGUUGUUUGCUGAAAUGAGACAUGAAGGAAUACAGCCUGACAUUGUGACGUAUAAUACUUUUCUUAGUGCUUGUGCUGAUAGGGUUUCAGGCAAUGAGGCCGAAAUGGUUUUUAGGAAUAUGAAUGAAGCCGGGAUAUUGCCCGAUUUAACGACUUAUAGGUAUCUUGUUGAGACAUUUAUGAAGUUAGGAAAGCUGGAGAAAGUUGCUCAGUUGCUUAAGGAAAUGGAAGCGGGAGGGAAUUUGCUGGAUAUUAUGUCAUAUAACGUGUUGUUAGACGCAUAUGCUAAGUCAGGGUCGAUUAAGGAAGCGAUGGGCGUGUUUAGGCAGAUGCAAGCCGCAGGAUGUGUGCCGAAUGCAGCUACUUAUAGUAUUUUGUUAAAUUUGUACGGGAGGAAUGGGCAGUAUGACGACGUCCGAGAGCUUUUUCUCGAGAUGAAAGCUAGCAAUACGGAGCCGGAUGCGGCUACUUAUAAUAUUUUGAAGGUUUUUGGAGAGGGUGGGUAUUUUAAGGAGGUUGUGACUUUGUUUCACGAUAUGGUAGAGGAGAAUGUUGAGCCUAACAUGAAGACUUACGAUGGUUUGAUAUUUGCUUGUGGGAAGGGAGGGCUUCACGAGGAUGCCAAGAAAAUUCUACUUCACAUGCAUGAAAGAGGGAUAAUACCUAGUUCCUGGGCUUAUACUGGUGUUACCGAGGCUUAUGGACAUGCGACAUUAUACGAGGAAGCUCUAGUUGCCUUUAACACGAUGAAUGAGGUAGGGAGCAAACCGACCAUUAAAACUUACGAUUCAUUCCUUGAGACUUUUGCUAGAGGUGGAUUGUACAAGGAAGCUGAAGCGAUUUUGACUAGAAUGAACGAGGCCGGUGUUGCAAAGAGCAGGGAUUCGUUCAAUGCUCUGAUCGAAGCGUUUAGCCAAGGAGGCCAGUUUGAGAAUGCUAUCAAGGCUUACGUAGAGAUGGAAAAGGCAAGAUGUGAUCCCGAUGAACGGACCCUUGAAGCGGUUUUAAGCGUGUAUUGCUUUGCAGGCCUUUGUGAUGAGAGCAAUGGGCAAUUCAAUGAAAUCAAAGCUUUAGGAAUUUUGCCUAGUGUCAUGUGCUAUUGCAUUAUGCUGGCAGUUUAUGCGAAGUGUGACAGGUGGGACGAUGCCUAUAAGUUACUCGAUGAGAUGCUUGCGAACAGAGUGUCGAAUGUUCAUCAAGUAAUUGGACAGAUGAUAAGAGGAGAUUUCGAUGGUGAUUCAAACUGGCAGAUGGUAGAGUACAUCUUUGACAAACUCAACUCCGAAGGAUGUGGCUUCGGAGUAAGGUUCUAUAAUGCUCUUUUAGAAGCACUUUGGUGGUUGGGUCAGAAAGAACGAGCCGCAAGGGUGCUCAAGGAAGCAACAAACAGAGGCCUCUUCCCCGAACUCUUCCGUCAAAACAAACUUGUAUUCUCAGUGGAUGUUCACAGGAUGUGGGAAGGUGGCACUUACGCAGCUAUGUCGAUCUGGCUCAACAAUAUGCAGGAGAUGUUUUUGAGCGGCGACGAUCUUCCUCAACUUGCUACUGUGGUCGUUGCACGGGGACAGAUGGAGAAAAGCUUGAUUGCUCGUGAUAUUCCAGUUGCUAAGGCUGCCUAUAAAUUCCUCGAGGAUAAUUUGCCGUCAUCGUUUUCUUUUCAAGGGUGGAACAAUGGGCGUCUUCUCUGUCAGCGGUCUCAGCUCAAGCCAGUGUUCUCUGCCGCAGAUUCAUCUUCAGAGGUUAACAUAAUAGCUUUAAGUAACUCAUCUAUUCCUUCUAUGGCAUUGAAAUGAUU